UGUUUUGGAAAAGUGGAUUUAACUGUCAAAAGAGGGACUGAUACCAAAUAAAAUUAAAAUGGAGUGUCUUAUAAUUGUGAUCAGAGAUUUUUGAUUUGCUGUCAUGGCAUCUGAGGAUAGUGUAACGUUUAUUCAAAAUGAUCUAGCUACCUCUUCGUUCCCUAUUUUUGAAGAUAUAAAAUGCGCUGGAAAGCUUUGUGAUGUGAUUCUGAAGGUUGAAGAUCAGUGCUUUUAUGCCCAUAGGGUUAUUUUAGCUGGCACCAUACCAUACUUUCAUGCUAUGUUUACCCAUGAUAUGGUUGAAAGUACAAAGAAUGAAAUAACUAUCAAAGAAAUAGAUCCUGAUGCAUUGGAAUUACUGAUCAAUUUUGCAUAUAGUGGGAAAGUUCAAAUAACCACAUCAAAUGUCCAGUCUUUACUUGUUGGUUCUUCUUUUCUUCAGCUUAGUAAAGUUAGAGAUGCUUGUUGUGAAUUUUUAAAGAAAAGACUGCAUCCUAACAAUGCCUUGGGUAUUCGUUCCUUUGCUGAUGUACUUGAUUGUUCAACUCUUGUUGAAGCAACUAAUCGUUUCAUUCAAAAGCAUUUUAUUGAAGUUGCUCGCUCUGAAGAAUUUAUGAACUUGCCUUUCAUAGAUGUCAAAGAGAUAAUAAGUAGAGAUGAACUGCAUAUCACUAAUGAAGAGCAGGUUUUUGAAGCUGUCAUGGCAUGGGUGAAAUUUGAUCUUUCCAGGCAAAGUUAUUUACCUGAAUUAUUAACUCAAGUACGCAUGCCUUUGCUAACUCCACAGUAUUUGACUGAUCAUGUUGCAACUGAAGAACUGAUUCGAACAUCUCAUCAAUGUAGAGAUCUGUUAGAUGAGGCAAAAGAUUAUCAUCUGAUGCCUGAACGGAGACCUUUAUUGCAGAGUUUUCGAACAAGGCCUCGAUGCUGUCCAGAUAUUGUUGGAUGUAUCUAUGCUGUUGGAGGUCUCACAAAAUCAGGUGACUCAUUGAGUACUGUUGAAGUAUUUGAUCCUAAAGUGGGUAGGUGGCAGUUGUCUGAAGCUAUGACAAUGCUGAGAAGUAGAGUUGGAGUUGCUGUGAUGCAUAACAAAUUAUAUGCUAUCGGUGGUUACAAUGGAUCUGAGCGAUUGAGUACUGUAGAAGUCUUUGAUCCAGAAGCACGUACUUGGAGUACAGCUGCAUCUAUGAAUUGUAAACGAAGUGCUGUAGGAGCAGCUACUUUGUUUAAUAAACUGUAUGUGUGUGGUGGAUAUGAUGGUAUCUCUUCUUUAAACACAGUAGAAUGUUAUGAUCCAGAGAAAAAUGAGUGGAGUAUGGUCACAAGUAUGUCCAAACACAGAAGUGCUGCUGGGGUUGUUGCUUUUGAAGACCACAUCUAUGCUCUAGGUGGACAUGAUGGGCUUUCUAUCUUUGAUUCGGUGGAAAGAUACGACCCUCACUCCGGCCAAUGGAUAGCUAUGCCACCUAUGUUAAGCAAAAGAUGUAGACUUGGAGUUGCAACUCUUAAUGGGAAAAUAUAUGUUUGUGGAGGUUAUGAUGGCUCUACUUUCCUACUCACUGCUGAGGUUUAUAAUCCUGCAACUAAACAGUGGACAUAUAUUGCCCCAAUGAAUGUUAUGCGGAGUAGAGUUGCUUUGGUUGCAAACUGUGGUAAAUUGUAUGCAAUUGGUGGCUAUGAUGGUGUCACAAACCUCAGUACAGUUGAAAUCUAUAAUCCAGAAAGUAACCGGUGGGAUUUUGUUCCAUCCAUGUGUGCGCAUGAGGGUGGUGUGGGUGUUGGAGUGAUUCCAUCCUUAUAGAAAAUUCCUUAGUUUAAUAUUGUUUAAAAUUUGACAUUUUGCCUUUUAAUGAUAGUUUUUCAAAAGGGAGCAAAUUAUUAAAUUUUAUUUAUUAUUAUUAGAAAUUUGUAUGUAUUAUUUUAUGCAUAACUUUUGCCAUAGUAAACUUGAUUAUGAAGCAGUUGUAGUAAUGGAUGUAUCUGUUCCAAGUGUACUGUGUUAAAAUGGGCUAAGUGCAAUGUUUCAUAUUCAUUGGAAAAUCAAUAUCAAUCUUUCAAGUAAUUAUCAUAUACUUUUUACAUGAAUUUCUUAAUUAUGUGUUAUUAGAUUUAUUUGUUAUUUAUUUUAUUUCAUUUCACCAAAAUUAAAACAUUUUGAAUAAUUUUUAAUUGCAUUUCACAAAGAUUAAGAUGCAUUUGAAUUGGCUUAAAUUAGUUCUUGAAUUGUACUUAUAAUUAGAACAUUUUAAAUAAAAAAAUAAUAAAUGAAAUAGGAGAAAGUUAGGAAAAUGAGACUUCUUCAAAUUAAAUUAAAAUCUUAUAAGAUUAAAUAAUAUUGUUGCGUGCAUUCGGGUUCAUAAUAGAUUGAAUGCAUGCGGGUCCGAUUAUAGAUUAACAAAAUAUAUUUUUAUCAAAAGAAGUAUUUCAGAGUUCUGGAAUUUUCCACGGAAAUAUUUGUCAGGUAUUCACAGUAUAUCACACAGUGCAGUUAGUAGUUAAAUUCAAACUACUAAGAACAUUAAACACAAUGCAAUGCAAAGCGCAUGUAAAGAGAAAGCUAACGGAGAUAUCUCAGUUCACGCUGAACUAACAACUCACAACAACAAUAAUUAAACAACUAACUGAAUGUAGAUGCUCUCUUUCUAGCCUUAAAUAGUUUUAAACUAGCCAACGAGAUAGUUCCAGUACUUUUUGCUUCUUGAAAUUAUUGGAAAGCAAUAUGAGGGUCGAAUUACGGUUACAGCUAGCAUAGUGAUCAAUUACCUUUAUUCAAUUUCAGUACAUAUUACGGUGAUAUAGGGACCAGAAUUUGGCGAUUGUCGCCAAAACCAUCGUCAGCUUGGCGAUAUCUCACCAAUUACUAAGAAACACAUUUAUUUAAUGUUAAAUGGACUUGCCCCUGUAUUCUUACUUUUCUGGGUUAGCUUUUCCCUUCAGAUUUUUUGUGUUACAUUGCACAGCAAAAUACGACAAUUUCACAUAUAACUGCACUGAAAUCAUCUAUCUUUGUACAAUAUUUUUAACAAUAUUUAGUUUCACUUUAUUUUAAAUUUCAAUAAAUUAUUUUCAAUUAUCAAAAUGCUGUGAGAAUUUUCCUUUAGUUUGUCAUCUUAAUUUAUUUUUUUUUUUACAUGUUUAAUUUAUUUUUAGAAGUUGUCUAAAUCUCCCUUUAUUAUUAAACAUGUGAAUUAUUAAACAGUUAAUUAAAAAUAUUCUUAUAAGGAAGGUCUUUCAGUCUUGAACUCUCAGUAUUAAAAAUAUAUAUAUGCAGAUUUGCUUAUGAAAAAUAUGCAAUCCUAAAUACAAUGAUAAAAAGUAAUUGCUUCAAGGCUUUAAAUGAGUAGAUGACCCAAAAGUGGGUGAAGAAUAUUCGCAUGCUAUGGUAUAUUUAAUUUUCUGAAAUUUCAAAAUACGGUUUUCUGAACUCCCAGUGAGUGAUUUAGUUUCAAAAUCAAAACAUAAAACAAAUGGAUUCAUGUAGAAUCUUAAUUUGCAUCUAUCUAUUUAUUUAUUAUUUUUGUAUAUUCAUUUAUUAUUUUUUUAUUACAAAUUUCAUUUAAAAGUUUAUGCAUGUAUAAAAUUUAUUACUUAUGAUUAUGAACAUACUUGUUUCCCAUCAGUGUUUCAUCAUGCUUCUCAAAUAGUUUAAACAAAGAAUUUUACUUUUCCUUAUACAGAUUAAUCAAUCAAACUUAACAAAAAGGAAGAAAAAUUAAUGUUUGGAAAAUGACCAGAACUUAGGGAAUUCUGAAUACCAUAGUAUUAAAAGAAAAUGUGUAAUGCUGUUUUUGUUUUGCUCAAACAUGCAUAUUUCAUACAAUAAUCAUUUUGGUUAUUGCAGGUGUGCAUGAUGAUGUAUAACUGUGAAAAAAUAAUCAAAACUGUAGAAUAAAAAUAUCAAGUUGAAAAUGGUAAAUAAUUAUAAUUUGCUUGUCAAAUAUAAAUUAAUUCUUUAAACAUAUAUAAGUAGCUAAUAAGCAGUCCUAAUGUAAUUAGUGUAAAUAAUUUGUCACAGUGUAGAUUGCAUAAUCUGGUAAAAGACUGAGAAAGUGUUUGAGAGAAAGCAAUCAUAUUAUUAGAAGUAAAACAGUACAUAAAAUGUUGCUUAACAAUUCUGCUACUUACAAAAUUCAUAAUCAUAAAAAGCCUAAAAUUGUUAAAUGGUAAAUUGAUAUAAAUAGGCAGUUAAUGUAAUUACAGUGAUAGAGAAUGAAAUCCUGUGAUCAAGAAGAAAUCAAUUUAGAGGAAUGAAAUGUAGGCAAAUCAUUCAUCUAGGUAACAUAGUUAUUUGAUUAAUAUUUCAAGGUCACCAUCAAAGUAUACAUGAGAACAGCUAUUUCAGAUGUGAAAUGGUGAUACAUUCAUAACUUCUGUAAUCAUCACGAUAUUGAAUGCAAGUGUGCAAACAUGCAUUUAUUUUGUUGUAUGUCAUUUUAAUAGGUUAUUUUAAUAGGCAUUUUUUUCCAUGCCUGUUGCACUUGGUCAGCCAAAUCAACAAUGGUCUGUGCCAAAAUCAUUGCUGAUUCCAUCAUACUGGAUGACUCAGGAUUUGUCAUCCAGUCAUUAUCCUGCAUACUCGGACAAAUACUAUAAGUGCCCAAAGAGAGAUGAACAUGCCCAAAGCCCUGCUCUAUACGUGCCCAAAGAGAGAAAAACUGGGUGAUCUUGGAAGUCAAGGCAAGCAUGUUGACACUUUGUCGAGCAUGUUGGAUGAUAGCAGUAGUAUGGGGAUAAGUAUUAUCUUGUUUGAAAAUGGUCCCUGGAAUACUGCUAAAAAAUGCACAACCAGUUCGGUCACCAGUUUAACAUACAAAUUUGCUGUCCGAGUAUGUAGGAUAAUGAAGAACGAAUAAUACUUUGAUAGGAAAUUACUCCCAGACCAUAACUCUUAAUGUAGGUCCAAUGUGCCUGCACUGCAGACAGCUUGGUGCCAAGCAGCCACCUGGCUUCCUUCUAACAAAAAUAUGGCUAUCACUGGCACUAAGACAGAAGUGGCUGUCAUCUGAAAAUGCAACUGAUUUCCAAUUUGACCUCCUAUGACCUACAGCUUAACACCAUCAAGGUUAAAGAUAGCAGUUAUUUAGAGUUAGUGGUAUGGCCACUCAGAAUGUCUGGAUUGGAUAAUUUGUUACAGUUUGCUGUGCAACUCUGGUGCCAACAAAAGCUCGAAUAUCUACUACAAAUGCAGUGCAAUGCGCCAUAAACCUGCAGAGAAUACAGCAGUCUACCAUUUAAGUGGUGGCUUGUGUGUGUGGUUGGACCUUGGCCUCCUUGAAAUAGCAUCUUUCCAUGACCAUUGCUGCCAACAUGCAUGCACAGUGGAUAUAUCCCUGCCAAGUCGUUUUGCUGUUACAUAAAGAAAAUCCACCUUCGCUUAGUACUAUUACAUGACCUUGUUCAAACUCGGUAAACAACUUCAGUUCAAACUCGUUCACACUUCAGUAUGGUGCUCAUACUGCCUUUGUUGUCUCUUUAAAGGCAUUCUUGACCAAAAUCUCACUUACAUUGCCCAAUGCAGCAGAUAAAUAAAGCACACAAAGUUUACCCUGUGUAUUUAAAAGAAACAUGAUUUGUAUGUUCGUAGUGGCAUCAUUAGUACCACUGUUAUUUGUUUUACACGAAAUCUAAUUAGACAUCAUCUUUCAGAUGUUCAAACAUACCUCCCACAUUUUGUUUAUUUUACAGGAUUUUAUUUUCCAUCAGUGUAUAAUUUCAAAGCAGCAUUAUUCUAGGUUUUCAAAAAUGUUGAGUAGCUAUUAUAUUUUGUCAAAACUUUUGCCUUUGUGAAAAAAAAAACAACUUUAUAAUAUUUUGUGUUUUAUUUAUAUGGAUUUAGCAUAUAAUUUAAUUGAUGUUUUCCUUUUUGAAUGUACAGAAUAAGCUGUAUCUUUUCCAAAUGAGUUGGAAUGAGGUAGAAGUUAAUGAAAUUUAAGGUUGGAAGACUUCUUUAUUAAAAUCAUGAAUAUAUUGUGUGGCAUUCUAUUAUGUACUAUUUCACUUACAGACUGGAUUAUGAAUAUCAAUGUAUAUUGUAAAUAUAUUAUAAAAUUGUAUUCUUUGCCCACAUAAACUUACAAAAUUGUUUAAUCAUGAAAUCCAAGUAUUCUUUUUAUUAUGUUUUUUAGAUGUUUAAUAAUAUACUCAUAUACCUUAAAAAUAUAGACAUCAUUAUUUAAUGACAGCUAUAUUUAUAUAUAUUAAUUAUUUUAAACAUCAAGACUUAUGAUCACUCAUUAUCAUAUACUGAAUUUCAUAUAUCUUUGAAAUAACUUCUGCCUUGAACUAGUAAUAUUUAUGUGACAUAUCCAGUGCACAAUAUGAACAUUACUAGGCUUAUUUUAAGUAUGAAAUGAAAUGUGUAGCAGUUUAUAUGAAUUUUUCCUAAUCUAAAGAAAAUUUUAUUGUAUUGGGAUAUUAUCAGGAUGUGGCCUUUUUUGUGUGCCAUUAUUUUAUAAGUUUUGAUGGUGCUUAAAAAAAUGUACAUACUCUUAAGAAUUUCAUUUGUAAAAUAACACAAUAUUUAUUAUUUAUUAUUUUCUAUAGCCUUUUUUCUCUGCGAGAAAUGUUGCUAAGGUUUAUUCAGUCGAAUAAAUCGGAAGCUAAGAGAAAUAAAUGACUUGUUUGAAAA